UUUUUGUUUGCUUGUUUGUUUGGUUUGGUUUGGGUUUUUUUGCCCAACUAAUUUUUGGAUACCAGUUUCCCCUCUGCUAAACAUGUAACUGGGGCAAACUGCUCAAAUUCCCUAAGCCUUGUCAUUUAUAACAUGGGAAAAAUGGUGACUCUUGUUAGGAUUAACUGAGGUAGCCUUAACUCCUUUUCCUUUUGUCCUUCAAACCCUAAAAUUCCAUGUUUUAAUGAAUGGUGUUGAUUGGGUUGGAUUGGGAGACUGGCCUUAGGGAAGAGGUUUACUGGAGAUUCUGGAGGUCACCCUGGGGAGAUUUCUGGGCAAGGGGACCAGCAAGAACAAAGCUCAGAGUAGCCUCAAGCCUGGUGCUUUUGGAGGCCGAAGAAGAGCAUGUUUGAUAUUUUCCUUUUAUUUUGUACUUAGAACUCAGUGAGGAGGGAGGUAAAUAAAGGUAGAGGGGUGAAAAAGAUUUGGAAAGAACGAGUGAUGGGAGAAAGGACAGGUAUAAUUCAAGAGAGAGCAAGAAACAGGGAGGGGAAGCAAAUCUUCCAAAGCAAAAGAGAUCAUAUAUUAUGAAAGAAAACGAUUAUUUCAGAAAGGUUCAUAAUCCCGGUUCCUAACACAUAGUCUACUUUUAUUUUUCUAUAUGCUAUCCUGGCUCUUGAGUGUAUGAAUUCAUUGUCCUACGUAGCUGCAACUUUAGCAAAACAAAGUUUGUGUUUUCUGGCAAGAUUAAUAUGUAAGCCCGAUGUCAAUCUACCUUUUUAGUCAGAACGCACCCAUUUUAGAUUAUUUUCCACGUUGACUAUUGAUGACCAAAACAACCAAGUCUAGCUUGUGUCUGUCUUAGUGUCUCAUUAUUUCGGUCAUAGAAAUCCUGCAAAAUAAAUCAAUUUAGCAUGUGUCUUCUUGAUUCUGGUAACGUCUAAGCAGGCCAGAAAAACCACAUUUGCUCCCUACCAUAGACAGUGUUAAUCCGUCACCUCUCAAAUUGCCGCAUCCCUUUGGACUGGGUCUCGUAAGCAGAGAGGCCCAGUUAGUUGAUCUAACUAGUGUGUGGCCAGCGGCCGGCACGCGUCUCUUUAGGCCAGCAGGGAGCGCGUGAGCUCCAGGGCACCUGCUCCAGUCGUCAGGGGGCGUGGCUCUGCAUCCUUGACGGACAGCUGAGGAUGCGGACGAAGAUGAGGUAAUACAACCACACCAAGGAGAGCGUGCGGAUGUGGGCGCGUGUGCGUGCGAGCGUGAGUGUGCAAGACACUAAGUGUCUCGGAGCUCGCUGUACGCACAUCGAUCACACUGCAUUAAAGAGAAAGAAAGAAAAGAAAAAAGAAAAUUCCAUUUCUGGGAGGGAGACUGCAAAGUUACGGCCGGCGACAGCUGCAGUCCCGGGGCUUUGUCCUGGGGGGUCGCUUUUCCGCGUCUAGGGACCAGAGAAACCCUCCGCAGGCGCGGGUUUGCCCGAGCGCCGGGCUUGGGAGGGGCGACUCAUUCUAGAAGCAGCUGAGCGGAGCCACAGGGAGGGGGAGCUCUGUUCCAGGCGGCGACAACUGAACGUGCGGUGAAAGGGUGGGGAGGGAGGGGAGGGGAACUCGGCGUGCCAGUCCGAGCGCGAUCGCGCGGCGAGAUCCCACCCCGGCGUCUGCAGAGCCCGAGGCGCAACUGGUGCGAGGGCUUGAUGCUCGCCUCGCCGUCAACCCCAGCUCGCGGCCGCCGGGGCUCCGGCCGCGCGCCCGCCGGGUGGCUUUGCUAGGCGGGGGCCAGUUUGCAGAGAGCCGGACAUUUGCAUGAAGCGACUCGACCCCACGGAGCAGCGGCAGCAGCGGCGGACCCGGGCGGCGGCGGCGGCGGCGCGCGGUCGGAGCCCGGCGGCCCUGGUCUCCGGGCCCCGGUGGAUGCGCGGUUGGGGGGCGGCCCAUGGGCCGGAGCUGAGGCUGCCCGGGGUGUCGGGGCGCAGGGCGGGGGGCGCGGUCGAGGCCCGGAGGCGGCGGCGCAGGAGGAAGCGGAGGAGGGCGGGCGCGCCGGGCCCGGGAGGCAGGCAUCGCAGCGCUGCCGCCGCCGCCGCCGCAGCCCCGGGCUCGCCAUGCUCCUGGCCUCGGCCGUGGUGGUCUGGGAAUGGCUGAACGAGCACGGCCGCUGGCGUCCCUACAGCCCGGCCGUGAGCCACCACAUCGAGGCGGUGGUUCGCGCCGGCCCCCGCGCCGGGGGCAGCGUGGUGCUGGGCCAGGUGGACAGCCGUCUCGCGCCCUACAUCAUCGACCUGCAGUCCAUGAACCAGUUUCGCCAGGACACCGGGACCCUCCGUCCGGUUCGCCGCAACUACUACGACCCGACCUCGGCCCCUGGGAAGGGCGUGGUGUGGGAGUGGGAGAACGACAAUGGUUCUUGGACGCCCUACGACAUGGAAGUGGGCAUCACCAUCCAGCACGCCUACGAGAAGCAGCACCCCUGGAUCGACCUCACUUCCAUCGGCUUCAGCUACGUCAUUGAUUUCAGCACCAUGGGCCAGAUCAACCGGCAGACCCAGCGCCAGCGCCGCGUCCGCCGGCGGCUGGAUCUUAUCUACCCCAUGGUCACUGGCACCUUGCCCAAGCCCCAGUCCUGGCCGGCCAGCCCCGGGCCUGCCGCCGCGCCGCCCGCCGCGCCCUGCUCCUGCCCGCAGUGCGUCCUGGUGAUGAGCGUCAAGGCCGCGGUGGCCAAUGGGAGCGCCGGACCCCUGCAGCCCCCGGCUGCCCGCAAGCACAUGCCCGAGUCUGGAGUGGUCAAGAUGCCUCCCCCACCAGGCCCCGGGGCCAAGCCACUGGACAGCACGGGCACCAUUCGAGGCCCGGUGAAGAUGGUCCCAUCGCAGGGGAUCCGGCGACAAGCCUCCAGCACGCCGGCAGGGGCGAAUGCGGUCUCCCCUGCUAGCCCCCCGGGAGCCAAUGGCAAGACCGGAAGGGUGGCCCUGGCGACCUUGAAUCGGACCAACGUGCAGCGACUGGCCAUCGCCCAGUCCCGGGUGCUGAUCGCCUCCGGGGUCCCCACUGUCCCAGUGAAGAACCUAAGUGGAUCCAGUCCUGUCAACCCGGCCUUGGCAGGAAUCACCGGGAUCCUCAUGAGUGCGGCAGGGCUGCCUGUGUGUCUCACCAGGCCACCAAAGCUGGCCCUCCACCCACCCCCCGUCAGCAAGAGUGAAAUAAAGUCCAUUCCAGGGGUUUCCAACACAAGCCGCAAGACCACCAAGAAACAAGCCAAGAAAGGUAAAACCCCAGAAGAGGUGCUGAAGAAGUAUCUGCAGAAAGUCCGGCAUCCGCCAGACGAGGACUGCACCAUCUGUAUGGAGCGCCUCACAGCCCCCUCAGGCUACAAGGGGCCACAGCCGACGGUCAAGCCUGACCUAGUGGGUAAGCUGUCCAGAUGCGGCCACAUCUACCACAUCUACUGCCUGGUCGCCAUGUACAACAACGGCAACAAGGAUGGGAGUUUGCAGUGUCCAACCUGUAAGACCAUUUAUGGGGUGAAGACAGGUACCCAGCCUCCAGGGAAGAUGGAGUACCACCUCAUUCCCCACUCUCUGCCUGGCCACCCAGACUGCAAGACCAUCCGAAUCAUCUACAGCAUCCCGCCUGGCAUUCAGGGGCCAGAACACCCAAAUCCUGGGAAAAGUUUCAGCGCCCGUGGCUUCCCACGACACUGUUACCUUCCAGACAGCGAGAAAGGGAGAAAGGUCCUGAAGCUGCUGCUUGUGGCCUGGGAUCGCCGUCUCAUCUUUGCCAUCGGUACGUCCAGCACCACAGGCGAGUCAGAUACCGUCAUCUGGAAUGAGGUCCAUCACAAGACAGAGUUUGGCUCUAAUCUCACUGGCCACGGCUACCCAGAUGCCAAUUACCUGGAUAACGUGCUGGCUGAACUGGCUGCCCAGGGAAUUUCUGAGGACAGUACUGCCCAGGAGAAGGACUGAACCGGAGGGGCUUUGGGGUGGGAGAGGCCAUGGGACCACAGGUCAGGAAGUGGGGAGAGUCAAGGUGGAAGUUGGCGCCAUGCCCUCCCAACUCCCUGUCUCCCCUCCUGUCCUGCCUCCACCCCCCAUCCCUCCCAGCCCCAGGCUGGGGGGAGCAGUCAGAAUGAAUAAGGUGGUUGGUGUCAUCCACAAACCUCAUCCAACGCAAAGGGGACGUGGGAUGAGGGCCAUCCUCAGUCUGUUCCCAUGGAGUUUUCGGUGCUGGGAAGGCAGGGACCCCCCUCACCCCCCUAAGCAGGGGGCACGGGCAGCACACUUAGGGUAUGGGCACUCCUUAUCCUGGCCUUGUGAAGCCGGAGGUUCAUGGCUCAGCCGGUUUCUUGCUGCUUCCACUCUGCUUCGAGAGCGGAGUUUCUGCUUUUCUCUCCUCCGCUGGAGGUGAGGGGCUCUCACUGUGCAAGACUGGGGGGCAAAGUGGUGAACCGCGAAACUGCUGUGACGUCAGAAAUCCGUGCCUCGGUGUACAGCAAGGAAGCACGUCUCGCCAAGAGGGUCAGGGUGGCACAGGCUCCCGGGAGCAGGCUCAGCUCUCAUCAUCGCCCUGGCUUCUCUGGGCCCUCCCUCCUCCUCCCACCUUUGACCUGUCCAAAGAGGCAUACAGAUGGAUAGGCUCUGGGGUUCCUCUCUGGGGCCGCAUCCCACGAUGUCUCCAGCCCCUCUCUGAUCAGAUCCGAGCCUGCACCCAACUUAGCAUCUGAACAGUCCUCAGGGAGAGGAGCCCAUAGCCUUCUUCCCAACUCAUCCCAGACCGGCUCAAAGAUUCCAUGAGUUUCAUCCAGUCACUGUGAGUGGAGCCCAGGCUGGGCUCUGUGCCAUCUGUGUGCGUGCAUAUAUGUGUAUGUGCAUGUGCGUGUGUGCGCAUGUGUGCACUGCUGGGCCAGGUUGGUGGAGGGUCCCGUCGUGUUCUCACACUCUGUUUUGCAAGAUGUCAAACCCCCAUUCUGAUGGGGAUGAAACAGCCCUUGACUUGCUUCACCCUUUGCCAGCCCAUCCCAUAGUCAACUUGGACCCAGAAGAAGACAGAACUAUGCUUGGGAAGAUGUGUAAGGUGAGGGCUGGACUGACCCCUUUGUAUAUCUCUUUCAAGAUGAGAUCUGAGCCAGACGACAAGGGCUUCACUCUGUCUCCGUGCACAUUUGCUAACCAGAGCCCGGAGGUGGUGCUGGGCCCCUCACCUCCCUCGUCGAUUACAGGAUGACCCAGAGCGUGAGGGAGACCCUAGCCCAUUCCCAGCAGGAUUGGGGCCACGUUAGGGUCCAGUCCAACCUGCGUCUGGGUUGUGUCCCAAGACCCUGUAUAGCCCCUCCCUGACAUUCCCUUCAGCUCCCGUUAAGGAAGGGAUUGUGUGUCAGGGAGGAGAGAAGGGGGACCAAGAAGGGAAACCCAACCCUCCCUUUGAAAGUGGGUUCUUUGAACUACGUGUUUGGGGGAAGUUCCUCUGGAUUCUAAUUUGAUUUUAUAUACCUCACGUUUGGGGAUUUGACGUAUAUAUAUGCAUAUAUAUUUCAUAGUAUGUGGAAGGUUUUCGAUGCUAGAAAGGUGGAAACGGAAGAACCUUCAAAACUGGUAUUUAAGUUAGAAGCAGAAGCCAAGCUUUUCUGAGAGCGGGCUCCGAGCUGCUUGCUCCAAACGCCUGCAGGCGUUUUGACCGUCGGGCGGCCAGUGGGCUCACCUGGGUGUCACCCAGCUUCUGGGUCACGCUCCCCUCCUUUUCCAAAUGGCUAUAGGGGUGUUAAUCGGCUCCAGCAAAGGGAGCUCUGACAGGAGGAAUGGCUCCUGCUGGCUGAGUUCCAGUCUCUCUCAUCCGUCAUUUAUCUCACCAGCAGACCAGGGCCUGAGUUCACCGCACCAUGGGGCAGUUUCCUGCCACAGUGGGGAAGGAAACAUCUGAACUCAACGGAAGAGACAUCCCUGCAGCUUUUGAUGUCACGUCCAUGCCCUUUGCCAGGCUAAGGCUACGCCGUGCCAGAGAUGAGCCACGUUAUACGCCUCGUACCAUCCCUACCUUCAUUCAGCACCCUUGUCAAGUAUCCCCUGGGUUCCUCACCCACAGGGGAUGAGGAAACAGACCGAGCGUCAGCGGGUAGAUAGAGCUGUGCAGUAGGAGACGGGAAAGAAAGAAGAAUGCUUUGACAACCGGCAGAGGGCCGUGGGGAGAGAUUGAUUUCCCUGGAUCAGGAAGAAGAAGGUGUGGGUGGAGAAGGGGGCGGCCAGGAGCAGAAAGAGGAUGCAGGGAACAUGUAAGGCAGGCAGUGUGCCAGGGGCAAUACCCCUUUGAGAGUCCAUCUUCGUACCUUCAAGCCUUCCCCCACAGGGCGCUGAUGGUAUCGGCGCCCCGUGUCUCUUGCUCUCUAAGGAUGCUCAAUAGGGACUACCUCAUCCUCAUGCUGCUCUAGUUGUGGGACCUUCUCAGAAGAAGGAAUCUUAAACUUCCUUCCUAACACUGUGUCAGGCAAGGCGGGAGGCAUUCCUUUGCCCUCUCUCUUGUGCCAACCGGGAAAGGUACAGUCUCGGGUUCGGUGAGAACCCCCUCCAGCAGAGGCCCUGUGCGUCCAUCACUUUGACACAGGAAGUUCUCGCAGCGGAAGCCCUGCUGUGUUCCCUGCCCCGGGCAGGGAAUUUCAUGCCUUUCCUUUCAUGGUCUUAGCACCAGCAGCCUAGUUUCUCCCUUCCUGAGUCUCCAGGGAUGACACGUGGGAUUGGAGACAAACCUUGUUAUAUGCUCAUCCCUUAAAAGAUGAAUUGUGUAUGUGUAGUUGUGUGUGCCUUUGUGUUUUCGUCCCCCAUUUGUAAAGCUUGGACUUCUCUGUGGUUUUAUACUUGGUCAAAAGUGCUCGUCCUGGUAUUGCACUGUUGUGGGCAUGAGAGGAUUAGGGGAAGGUCCCGCGUGGUACAAGAAAGGACCCUGUCCUCUUUCCUUGUUUGUGGCCACUGACACUGAUGGGGAGUGGGGAGAAGGUGGGUCUGGGAGAGGGCAGGUGAAUGUCCUGUCGCAAAUCAUUGUUUGAAACCAGCGUCUUUUGACGUCCUUGGUGUUGCUCUGUGAGAGGACAUCGCCACCUGGUGCUCAUGAGGUGUAAGUGCAGAACAAUAAGUGGUAAAUGAACAACCUCAAAAUUGCCGUCAACCUGCUUUCUGUAGACCAGUACCCCGACCUGUGAGGCAUUGGGGUGACCUCCCUAAGUCCGUAAGCAACCACAAGCCCUUCCACUGAACGGGAGAGUCCCUUUUUCUAAUUUUUUCACAUCUUUUCUACCCACACGUUUGACCAAGUUACCUAGCUUGAUUUCUUGUUCCUCUAAAGGAACAGACCAUGUGACAGGGGAAGUACGUAAGUGAAACUGUGGGGGAAAUACCGUCUUAAAAGCCAUGAACGUUUGCUUCUUAAAGUUCCCUUCACCUGACUACACUAUCGUGUAUGUUUCAAUAGUUUACAGGCUGUUGUUUUUCAAAUACAUGUUUAGUAUUGAUCAUCUCGAUACUAAUGAGAUCACAAAAAUAAAAUGCAAUUGCAAA